AUGCCACAACCACAAAAAAGCAAGGGUUCUCAAUUUGCACCACCAAAUAACAGAAAGGAAAAAUCUUUCAUUCCUGGUUGUCCCGAACUGGCGCAGUUCUCGUCUGGCAAUUUCGAAGCACAACAAGCAGCUCAUGACGUUCUGUUGCCCCUCGUUAGCGAUCCAAAUUGUCUUCCGCAACUUCAAGUGAUUCUCGCCCAAUCGCAUAAUCCACACGCUUUGAUUUUCGCGUCAUCUGGAUUGAACAAACUCAUUUCAAGUGGAUGGAAUCGAAUCUCUGAUACACAGAAGGACGACACGCGCAAGUUUGUGUUAAAUUAUCUGAACAUUACUGAACAAGUGCGACAGUUUCUCCAAUCUUCAACUCCACAUUGGGUUGUUGGUUUAACGAUUUACACAUCAUUGACUGAAGAUAUGCAACCGACCGCAGGAGGUCAAUUGGCGCGAUUCAGACGAACUGCGAUGAGUUUCAGAGAAACUGCUUUAUCGGAAAUAUUCGAAACUGCAACACAAACAUUACAGCAAUUAAAUGCUGGAACAAUGCAUUUCGGUGAUGGUGCAGAUGAGCGAUUAUUAUUGCGACAAGUUCUUCAAUUAACGUUAAAUUGUUUGAAUUUCGAUUUCAUGGGGACUGUUGCUGAUGAGGGAGGGGACGAUCAGACAACAGUUAUGAUUCCGCAUUCAUGGUCGAUUUUAAGAGAAGAAAGAAUCCCUCAACUGUUUUUUGACAUUUACGCGAAGGGUUGGAGUGUCCCUGGCCAGCCACGAGUCGAUUGUUCCUGUUUAUGCCUUCAAUGUUUGGUUUUAAUUGCGGCAAUUCGAAGAUCCUUCUUCCAAAAAGAAGAAGAUCGAGUGAUUCAUGUGUCUCAGUUGAUUGAUGGGACAUCAGCAAUUAUUCAGUCUGGAUUGGGGCUUCAAAAUGAUGAAUGCUAUCAUGAACUCUGCAGCAAAUCAGUUAUGGGAAAUGAGUCAAACCGCUGGGUUCAAAACUUGGCUGCAGAACGUCUUCCAGUUCACGAUAAGAAGUCUCGAAAACUGGAAGCAUCUCCCCAACAGCAAGCACUAUUUAGCCGUCGGAUGAAGGUUGCUGAAGCUGUUUCAGCGAUGGAUGGAAAUGAUCUUGAUUACGAAGAUCCUCUAACGAACGAAGUCAUGAGAGGCGAACAGCUGAGUGUGAUUCAUAAUCUAAGUCGAUGCAGUUAUGUGGAGACAUGCACACAUGUGAUGGUGUUAUUUCGAGAAUCACAAACAACCUUCAGGGAGGGAAGGAUGUCUGCGGUACGACGUAGUGAUGCGGUGGAUGAUCCAUUGUUGUCCCUCUUUUGUUUCCGUCAGCAAGAAUUCCAACAAAAAAUGACGUGGCUUGUUUACAUUAUGGGGAGCCUUAUCAAUGUCACAUGGCUUUCAGGAACGGCAAAAGUGUUUUUAUUGAGUGAAUGUGGACUAUCGGCAAGAAGUAUGGAGGAGGAUUCGGGAGAAAACGUUAGCGGUCAUCGAUUAAUCGGAGAAAUGUCUCUCCUUGUAUUUGGACUGAUUUCUGAAACUGAUAAGCUUGUAAGGCAAUCGGAUAUCUGUCGUGUUCUGUCUGGAAUGCAAAUUGCAUUUGCUCGGUUUAUUGCUUCUCACAGUUGUCUCUUUUAUUUUGUCGUUUUUGGUAGAACACAGCCCCCGAGGGAUUGGAACUCGCAUACCUGGCAUUCUUGGAACAAUUUAGGGAAGUUUCUAGGAAGCUCAUCUACAACUGAUGUUCUGAAUUUAAUGGUUGAAAAAUUAUGUCGAAAUCUCGAACGACGCAUUCAAAAUGAAGCGGUUGUUAAGCGCACCCUUCAGAUUCUCAAUCAGAGUGCAACAGGCGCCUCAGUUGUCCACGCUCCUGAGCGGGUGCCAUACUUCGUUAUUUCUGGAAAGCUCUUGCUCCAAAGUCAACUCGUUCAAGAUAUUAUUAUGGAUCAUCAAAAUCCACGCUUGGCUUUCUUAUCUGUUCCUCAAUAUGGAAAGUUCCGAACAUCGUAUUAUUCAACGCUGACGAGACUUCUCCUGAUGGAUUCAAAAGACGAUCUUGAGAAAUUUGAGGCUUAUAUGAAACCGUUCCGAGACUCCUUUGAGCAAUUGGACACAGCGGUUCAUCAGGGAGCAUUAGAGACCCCAUACAACAGGCAAUUGAUUAUACAUCUGGCGAGAGAUUUGCGGGGAGUUGUUUUCGCAGCAGGAUCAACGGAAGCCUAUAAUCUAGUAUUCGAUUGGCUUGUCAACAAACCCAAGCAACCAGGAGCAUCACGUAUUGACAUUUUCACAAGAGCUGUGGAUCUGUGGUGGGCGGACCACUUGGUGAUGGUCCCAACGCUUAAGUUUAUGGUCGAGAUGGUUCACAACAAAUCCGGUAGAAUAUGUUUUGAUGCAAACAGUCCCAAUGGAAUCUUCUUAUUCAAAGUAUCGUCCACCCUUCUUUUAGCUUAUGGACAAAAGAUCUUAAGCCGACUUCAAUUCCAAGAUCUCUAUCGUCAGAAAUAUAAAGGAAUCGCUUGCGCCCUCCAAAUGUUCAGCCAUGCUUUAUCUGGCGGUUAUACAAACUUUGGGAUCUUCGAGGUCUAUAACGAUAAUGUUUUAGCGAGUUCAUUGGCAUUAGCAUUUCAGUUGUGCCUCGUCAUUCCCAAUGAUGGAGCAGAUUGUAUUGCAACAAAUUCCAGAACGUCGGAUGAAGUUGAAGGGAUAUUUUGA